AUGACCGAGAUCAACAAUCUGAAAGAUAGGCCCUUGGUGCCUAUAUCGGUCCUGGCUCCUUUCUCCGGGCUGAUCCUCUCUAUCGUCCUCGUCAUUCUCUUCCUCGUUCGAUUCUACUUCCUCGAACGCUUCUUCAUUCCAUGGCUCUACGGACACACCUACACCGACCAAAGCGAGACCAACCGCCGCGGCUUCAUUAAUCACCACAUUGCCGGCGCCACCAAGCUCCUGAUUCUCAUCGUGGCGGUCUACCCAUUCAUUCGCGUCAUUUCCGGCUCCGCCGACCUCCAUGCACUAUACGUCCCCGGCGGGCCCGCGACCAUGGGCGAUGCCCUCGUCGUCGUGGCUCAGAUGUUGAUCGGCAUGUACAUCUUCGAGCUUCUCUACCGCGUCAAGCUCUCCCCCGUCGCAGUGCUGCACCACAUCGGCACUAUUCUGAUCGGGCAAUCCGCCAUCGCAAUCAGCUUGAGCCUGGCGCGGGAGCCAGAUGCGGAUAUCGAGUUUAUCCUGUGUCUUGUCUGGGGAGCCUUCGAUCUCAUCUCCGAGUUCUUCCCCCAUGUCGCCAUCAUUUUGUACCGUGUCUAUCCUGACCGCCACCACUUCCUCAGCCGCGUCUUCCUCCUCUCGUGCAUCACGACGGCGAUCGGCACCCUCUGCGAGACCAUCGUGACCAUGUGGCUCUUUGGAAGUCUGUGGGACCGUUGGCAGAUUGCCUUCAAGGUCGCCACGCCUUUGCUGCAUAUUGCGUUUUCCGCAGCCCAGAUGCACGGAAGUAUUGUCUUCUGGCGCAUGUAUAAGAGACAAUUGCGCUUUAUCAAAGAGGCCAAAGAGGCCGACGAGUUCAAAGACGGUCUCGCGUUGUCGAAUACCCAGAGCCCCGUGGAGUCUGGUCGUGUUACUUGCAUGAGAGAUAUGUGUUAA